CGAAGCCCAGCAUCCCCGCCAGCGCCGCGGGGUGAGAGCGGCAGGGGCCGCCCCCGGCCCGGGCACUGCGGGGCAGCGGGCAGGGUGCUCGGGGACCCAGGGGUGCAAGCCACAAAGCGGCUACAUCCUCCCCAGCCCCUCUGCACCACUGUCUGCCUGGGAUCCGCCCCAGAGCUGAUGCUGGGCCGGUCCUGCUAUGAGCAGGCAGCUGGACAGCAUGAUGUGACCCCCCGAGGUCCUGUGCAACCCACAUUUCCUAUGAUUCGGACUGAAGUAUGCCCUCGCUCCGAGGAAACCUGUACACUUGGUGAUCCCAAAGACUGGCUUUAGCGUUCGUGUGGGCAAAGAUCAAGUGCGUCGCCGAGCGGAGAUAGAUGUGGCCCAGUGGACAGGAUGCUGCCAACAGGCCAUCUGUGAGCAGUGAAUACGUGAGGGUGCAAGCCCAAGCUGGACUGAAGCCACCCCAUCAGAGAAAAUGGCUGCUGAGAUGGGACCAGCACCAGCCCUGAGUCUCCUGUUCCCAGCAUUGGUUCAGACCUCAGUGAAGAUGGAGGAGCAGGACCCAGCAGGUCCUGGAUCUGGGGUGGGGCCUGAGGGAGCAGGGAAAGAUCUUUCUGUUAUCCAGGCCAGGACUGGUGGGGUGUCCCCAAGAUGGGUGAUGACAGAGCAAGUAAAAAAGGAGCCACAGGAGGAGCCAGCCCACCGCUGGGAGGUCCAGUGGCAGGAGGUGCCACAGGUCCUGUGGCCCCCUGCUGAAGCUGUGCCAGCUCCGGGUACCCCACAGCUGCCAGAGUUGGUACUGAGGGAUGACCUCCCUGCCAUGGAGAAGUGGCGCCAGCGCUUCAGGGGCUUUCGUUAUCAAGAGGCCAAGGGACCAUGGGAGGUUUGUUGCCACCUGCAGGACCUCUGCCAGCAAUGGCUGGAGCCCCAGCGCCGCAGCAAGGAGCAGAUCCUGGAGCUGCUGGUGCUGGAGCAGUUCCUGGCCAUCCUGCCCCAGGAGAUGCAGAGCUGGGAGUGGGGGCGUGGUGUGGAGACCUGUGCUGAAGCAGUGACACUGGCUGAGGGGUUUCAGCUGGGGCAGCCAGAGGAUGAGAAGUUCCAGGUCACAGUACACAUGGAGGUCAAGGAAAUGGCCUUGGACAAGAUGGCUUCAACUGGAGCAAUGCGAAAACCGCAUGACUCCUGGUUUGAGCAGCUGCAGUCCCAUCCUAUAUGUGUGCCCCAGGAGGAGGCAAGACAAGGUGAAACCCCAAGGCCCCAGGAUGAGUCACCUUAUGUCUCUGAAGAAGAGUCACCAUCCCACCAGGAGUUAGAUUCCCCUGACACAGAGGAGACCUGGGAUUCAUCAGCAGAUGAAAGCUCCUCAGGCUGGUUCCCUAGACAAAGCCCUUCUUCAGGAGAAGCAGAUGCCAGGGUGCUGAGCAGAGUGAAGGAGCUGCCUCCUGAGGAAAGGCCUGAAAAAUUAGAGCUACUGAGGACAUCCCCAGGGAUAUCAAGGGAGAAAGAUUCUCUGAGACCUGAGGAAGGUCAAUUGCACAAGAGUCAGCACGGGCUCCAUAAGCAGUGGGAAAACAAGGCAGCAAAUGAGGUAUCAGCUCCAGCUGGGUGUGAGAUUGGAGCUGAAACAGAGCCGGGAAAAAGCCGGGGCUGUAGAGAAGAAUUUGAGAAGCUGAGAGACAUAGCAAUCCACAAGGGGAAGUUUCAACAGCAAGAGGGACUGAAUCCAAACCAAGCUGGUGGGGAGAGCCGCAAAGGGCAGCAGGAGCUCACCACUAAGCACAGUGAGACAGUCCACUCCUGCCCCAAAUGCAGGAAAACCUUUGACUGCCCAUUGCACCUGGCCUUGCACAAGAUCAUGCAUAACAAAGAGUUGCGGGAAUGCUCUGAAUGUGGAAAGAGUUUCACCCAUCUCUCGACUCUGGCUGCUCACCGCAAGAUCCACUCUGGAGAGCGCCCCCACUGCUGCACCCAGUGUGGGAAAAGCUUUGUUUUCCAACGGGACCUGUCCCGGCAUCAGCGCGUGCACAUGGAGGAGAGGCCGUACCGCUGUGCUGAGUGUGGGAAGAGCUUCAUCCAGCGCUCCCACUUGGCCCAGCACCAGCGCAUCCAUUCCGGGGAGCGUCCCCACAGCUGUACUGAGUGUGGGAACAGCUUCACUUGCCGUUCACACCUGGCCAGACACCAACGCAUGCAUACAGGGGAGAGGCCGUACCACUGUGCUGAGUGUGGGAAGAACUUCAGCCACUCCUCAACCCUUGCCCGGCACCACCUUAUUCACUCAGGGGAGAAGCCCCAUCGGUGCUUCCAGUGUGGAAAGAGCUUCGCCCGCUCCUCCCACCUGUUGCAGCACCAGCACAUCCACUCAGGCGAGAAGCCACACCAGUGCUCAGAGUGUAGGAAGAGCUUCAACUGCUUCUCCAACCUGGCCCAGCACCGGCGCAUCCAUUCCAGGGACUAUCCCCACAGUUGUGCGGAUUGUGGAAAGGGCUUCAGCUGCCCCUCCAACCUGGCCAGGCACCAGCGUGUCCACUCUGGGGAGCGUCCCCACAGCUGCACAGAGUGUGGGAAGAGCUUCGCUUGCCCUUCAAGCCUGGCAAAACACCAGCGCAUGCACACGGGGGAAAAGCCAUUCUGCUGUGCUGAAUGUGGGAGGAGCUUCAGCCACUCCUCCCACCUGGCCCGGCACCGGCGCAGCCAUGCAGGGGAGAAGCCCCAUCAGUGCUUUCAGUGUGGGAAGAACUUCACCCGCCCCUCCCACCUUGCUCGGCACCAGUGCCUCCACAUGCAGGAGGCUGUAACUCAGCCAUAACUCAGCCAGCAGUGUGGAUGGGCUUCGGGGACACUUACACCCUCUUCACUGACUGCUGCCUAUGUUUGGGCAAGCGGCUUCAUCCCUAGGCUGAGUGCAGAGAGAGAUUUACCCACUCUUAUCCCUCCUGAAACACUGUAGUAUUGACCAAGCCUCAUGUUUUGAUUGCGGGGGCUGAGAGAAAACUCCCCCUGUAAGCUGGUAUGCCAGUGUUGGCUUGGGUCCUAGAUCUGCUCCUUGCCACUCAGGAAGUGGGCAGAUUUUGGCUCCAGAGUAGGCUCCAUAGAGACAGAGUUGUGGUGAUUGGGAAAGGCCUCAGGCAGAGUUAGUUCGGGCAAUGGGGGCAUCUCUGGAGAGACUCUUCAUCCUCCUCAUGGCAGCAGUCUUAGAACCUACAUCCUCCUCAUGGGCUGGGAACCCCCAAUUUCUCCAGGUGAAACAGUGGUGUCCUCCCAAGACAACUGAGUUGAUUGAUAUCCAGUGACUCAUGUCCCCUUCCAGCUCUGUCUUCUCUGGCGCUCUUAUGGUUUGGGUAUGUGAGGCUCUUGGAUUACAGAAAUAAGAUGUUUAUUCUUAUUAGGAAAGCAUUCCCUGUGCUGUAUCCUGACCUUGCCUUUCCUCACUCCCACAUAAACCCUUUCCAGAUGUGCUCGUGUCCAUCAGGUCUUUGCAAGAUGCAGCUGCUGCUUCCUCCAGAGCUCAUUCAUCAGGUUUGCUCUUCAGUCUCCCCAGAACUCUACACUGCCAAAUGCCUGCUGCUGCUAUCCCCUGACAUUCCUUUGUCUAUAAUGGCUUCUCUUCUAAUAAAACCCCCAGGUUUAACAUGAUGUUCCAGUGGUAGGUCUCUAAUUCCUCUUCAGAGCUGUAAAAUGGGCAUGGACCAGGGCCAGAGCCUCUUCCAGGCUCAAAGGACUUUGGGAUUUCCCAGCCCCCCUCACCUUCCAGUGGGAUCACUGAGAUCCACACAGUGCUGUACAAUGAAGAACGUACACCAGGGAUGAUUUAGCAAGGUUUUCUGAGAAGUAGGUACACUCUGCUGGGUGACAGGAGGAUGGCGAGGCUGAAGGAGGGACAUUCUGUAGCAGGUCUCACCUUUCCCAUGGGAAGCAGAUGGAAGGUGCAUGAGCAGCCUUUUGGGUUAAAAACAGGAACAUUGGAAUCUCUCAUUGUAAACAUUUAGCUUUCUCUACUAUUUCUGAAGCUAUCUGUUGCUAAGAUUAGGUAGGUUAAUUACUUAUCUCAGCACAUGGUGUUUGUGCUCACCUCUGCUCGAUUAGGUGCUCUCGUGCGGCCUUAGCCCGUACUAUUGAUCGCGCCUGUCCUGGGCUUGUGGGUGGACCCCAAAGACCACCCCAGCUGACAUCAGGGGAUCCCCUUGACUCGCCUGCCACGACUUUGAAUGUUAACUCAGUGGAGGGGUUCCCCUUUGAGGCAGCUUCCAGGGUCGUCGCGCUUCCCGGCAGGCACUCACAGGGCUCCGACCUCCCCUACACCCUGGCCACUCGCCACCUUGGGUUGCCGGUCUUCGGGCUCCUUAGGCGUUCUUGGCUCUACCUGACCCCUUCCCGCAGCCUGCCAGCUAUGUGCCAGUGUCUUCAGGCCGUGUCUUGAUGCACGGGCUUCGAAGUCCUCCAACCUGGCUCCACCAAUCUGAAUUCCUAACGCCCUAUCCCUGUGACUUAACGUGCACUUCCCACUACCGUGACAGCUGAAGCACUAAGGUUACUGGGCCAGGAGGCCACGAAGGGUACCCAGGCCUAUGGGCCCCGAGGAUCCCCCUGUGCCCAGCUACUCAGCCCUGGUGGCUCACCCUACUUGGGUAUUGAGUCCCAGCCUUUUAUCCUAGGGCUGUAGUGGGCCCUGUCCGCCACUUGUUCCGUCCCUCCUUGGGGUCUUCAGCUGCCCUCCGGUGACACCCGAUGGGGUCCCCGCUAGCCACGCCCUGUUGCCUCCUCUCCAAGGCUUUACUGCAGUCUCAUUCUUUGAUCCCAGUGCCGGUUUGCCCGACGCUGCUUUCCCUGCGUCUGUAACCAGCUCCUCCGCUGGCACCACUGCCGGUUCUGCUGCAGGUGCUGCUGCUGGAGCCUCUGCCGGUGUCACUGCCAGCCUCUCUCCUGGCUUCUCUGUGAGCCCGGCUGCAGGCGUCGCCGCCUGCUCCUCCGCUGGCAUCGCUCCCGGCUUUACUGCCGCUUCUGUUGCCAGUGUCUCUGCCGGCUCUGUUGUUGGCCUCACUGCCAGCUCUGCUGUCGGCGUUGCUGCCGACUCUGUUGGCUCCGCUGUCGGAGCCUCUCCUGACUCCACCCCCGACUUUCCACGCUGCCUGACGCAGCAGCUGAGCCCCUCUGGGUGAGGGCUCCCUCCCCGAGCCUCCGCUUGUCUGCCGCCCUGCCAUAUCCUCGGGACAGCUUUUUAUUUCCGCCAGGCAGUGUCUCCCGCCCACGCUGCCUGGCCUCAGCUGAAUAUAAGCGCGGCUGACCAGCCGUGAUGGUGGUUUUGCCGCGCACGUCUCCUCCUGCUCUUUGGGCUCUGCGGAAGGUAAGCGAGGCUUUCCUUUGGCCUGGGGCCCUCCUACAACCCCAGCUCCCCUGGGACAGUCCUUACUUUCAUCCUUUCACCAAUUGCCCUAUCAGCUGAUCUCCCUGUGAGCGGGUGCGGGUUCCUAGCUCCGCCUCCCUUCAGUACUUGCCUGCCACGACUUGGAUUGAAAGGAAAUGAAGGAGGUAUUAGUUGUUUUUUAAUACUAGUGAUCAAUAAACGCCACCCAGAUAGUACAUGCUUAUAGUGCAGGUUUAUUUUCCAAAGUGAAGUUGCAUGGUAGCAGUAACCUCGCUAAUUAUUUCAUUAGUUAGCCACAUCAGAGCUGCCGAACUGAUAACUUGGCACCUUAUACUUCCAGGUUACAUUGUAGUGCUCAACGUUCUAAGCACUAAUUAUCUUGUUAGCAAGGCGUGUUCCUCACUUCUCUCGUGUCUGCCUCUUGCUGGGAGUAGUCUUGACUGCUCCUCUGCUUCUCACGCUGCUGCUGUCAGUGGCGUUGCAGUUCUAGGGUCAGGGUCAGGGCUAGCAUGGGAUCUUCCUGCCUGCCCGUCGUCCCGGGAUGCCUCUCUCUCUCUCUCUCUCUACUCAGGGGUCCCCCGGCCACCUGCUCUGCAAAGCCCCGCUUCUCACCACAACUCACUAGAGCCACUGGAAUCGUAAAGUACGUAGCCUGCCUCUAGACUGGCGUUGCCAAGUCUUGAAUCCCGCAGUCUCAGCGUCUUUCCAGGUCGGCAGGCAGGGUCUUGGUUUUCUCCACCAUCUGUGGCCUCAGCCAUCCCUCACGCUCUUCUUGUGCCAGAAAGCAAAAGGUAUCUGUUCUACCACUGAAUAUAUACCAGCCGUGGUGAGCUAAUCACCCGGUCCUGCCCCAGGUGUGUAAUUCCCUCCACCUGGCAGGGUGCAACAUCGGGUCAGUCGUGCCCAAUCCUGCCUUAGUAACAGGGCUCGUGCCUGAGUCCCUGUUACACUCCCAAUCUUUGGACUUUGGAAGGGGCAAAAAAAGCACCUGCUGUUAUCUUUCCUGAACAGAGAAGUUCAAGAACUCAGAAAACAGCCCCAACUUUCUCUAAAUUACAUUAAAAAAUAAACCUCAUGAUUUUUGAA